UUGUGUUUUUGGCUCUAUUGAGUAAUUUAGUGAACGCUCAAAAAUGUGAUAGAAUUUAUAGAGUAAAUUAACCAAGCUGACAAAUCGCAUGACCUUGUCCUAUAUUAAGACAGUUAUCAAUAUCUUUCACCAAACACACAAACGGUCAAGAUGUUCUGUCUUCUUUUGGCACUUGCUGGCAUUCUCUACGUGGGAUACAAACUCUUCCAACAUCAGAGAGGUAAAACAAUUAUAGAAAACACUAACAAUCGUCACGUCUUGAUUACGGGCUGUGAUUCUGGAUUUGGAAAUGAGUUGGCACGACUCCUGGAUAAACGGGGCGUUCCUGUGUUCGCGGCCUGCCUCACAGAGAAAGGUACAGCAGAACUGAAGAAACAUACAUCGUCCCGACUUCGUGUUCUACAGCUAGACGUCACCGAUCAAAACAGCAUUCAUGAUAGUGUGGAAUUUGUCAAACGUCAUUUGCCAAAGUCCUCAGGUUUAUGGGGGCUCGUUAACAAUGCUGGUCUCCAGAUUUUAUAUGCACCUCUGGAGUUUCAUUCACAUGAAGCAAUACAGAAAUGUAUAUCUGUCAACUUGUUGGGCUCCAUAGAUGUAACAAAGUCCUUUUUGCCUCUCCUGAGGAAAGCCAAAGGAAGACUUGUAUUCAUAUCCAGUGACAGUGCAAUAAUAGAUUGGCCAUGCCGGGCACCCUACGUCAUUAGUAAAGUCGGGUUAGAAGCUCUCGCCGAAUGCUUAAGACGAGAACUGUAUCACGUUGGUGUGACAUCAUCUACCAUCCAGCCAGGGCCAUUCAAAACCAGCAUUGUAGACCCAAACGAGAUGAAAUCCACACUUCAGAGGGCAUUUGACAGUGUAGAUGAAGAGGUGCAACAAUUUUAUGGACAGAACUGGUUAAACAAAAUAAAAGAGUCUUUCUCCGGAAUACCUGGAAUUCAAUACGAAGACCUGUCCCCUGUGACGAACGCUAUGUACCACGCACUAUUUUCUGUGAUGCCAAAGAGGCGAUACAGGUGUGGUUUGGUCUGUGAAUACUAUUUUUAUCCGAUAUCACUCCUGCCAGGAUGGUUUAACACAUGGUACUGGAAAAUGUCACCACCUCCAGAUGCAAAGCGCACAUAAUCAAACUUCAAGAAAACAUGUAUUCAUGCAUCGUUUUAGGAUAAUAAAACACCAGCCAAGAUACACUGGAUUAUUUUGAUUAAAGAGUCAAAAGAAUAA